UUUUUUGUGCACAUAGCUAUUGCCAAACAAGUUAAGGUAAUGGGUACCAAGUAAAACGUAAGUCAGUCUCUUUUCAUCCUACGGGAACUAGAUCAUGGGAGACGAGACGGUUGUCAAGAAAGGAAAGCCUCACUGCUCCCGUCAGAAAUGGCUGACCGGGGGCAUACCUCGCUACAGCCGCUCGCAGAUGUAUGAACGGGCUGCCCGCUACAAGAAGAAACAUGUGACUGUCAAGAAGGAGAGGAAGAGACCUGCUGCCAUGGUAGAAAAGGACAUUGGUGGAGAAAAGAACGGUGGAAAGCGCCUGGUCCGAGUCCGUAGACUGCCUCGCUACUACCCAACCGAGGAUCUCCCCAGGAGGCUGAACAGCCGCAAGAAGCCCUUCAGCCAGCACAAGCGUAAGCUGAGGGCCAGCUUGACCCCAGGCACUGUGGUCAUUCUCCUGCGUGGGCCUUACAAGGGCAAGAGGGUCAUCUUCUUGAAGCAACUGUCGUCUGGUCUUCUCCUCAUCAACGGUCCGAUGAAGAUCAAUGGUGUCCCCAUGCGUCGCAUCAACCAAAUCUACGUGAUUGCCACCAAGACCAAAGUGGACAUCAGCGGGGUCAAGAUCCCCAAGAGGGUCAACGACGAGUACUUCCGCCGCAAGAAGUUGAAGAAGCCCAGGAACCAAGAGGGCGAGAUCUUCGACACCGAAAAGGAGAAGUAUGUCGUUUCUGAGGAGCGCAAGGAGGACCAGAAGAAGGUAGACACCCAGCUCGUUCCCCUCAUCAAGGGAGUACCCAGCUUGAAGGGCUACCUGGAGAUGCCCUUCUACCUCAACAACAAGCAGUAUCCCCACAAGAUGAUCUUCUAGAGACAAGCGCUUCUCAAACUCUGGCAAAUUCUUGAUUUCACAUCCGAGGACAUUCUCCUAAUUCAAGCAAGGAUGUUUUCCACACUGCAUGGGGAAUGUUCUCUCAUUACAUGUGAGGACAUUGAAGAAUACUGGCAUCGCACUGUUCAUCCAUUGUUUGUGCAUCGUUAAAUGGUCAUGUUCACUUUCGCUAUGUACUCACUGACUUGGAUGAGAUAAAACUUGACUUGUCCGUCACCUGUGAUGAACCGUAAGAGGUUUAAAUAAAGUCUAUUGGUUAACCAACAAGAUA